AUGGCUGCAAAUAUGGGGAAGGCUGAAAUCGAUGAUUCCCAGAUCGUAGCUCCCAAUGUCACUGUCCAGAAGCGCGUCAGUGACGACCAGGAGACCGCCGAAAAGGGUCACUUUGAGCAUAUCAAUCUCAACCAGAAUACCUCUGCAAAGAUUAAGAACCCUCUCGCUGACUUGAGUAUUGAAGAGGUUCUUCACGAUGUUGAGGACUUCGCUCAUGAGCAUCAACUGAACGACAUUCUUCCUGAUCUGAAGAAGGGUGCUCUUGUCGCUCGUGAUCCCAACAACUAUGAGUCAGUCCCUGACAUGUCGGCGGCUGACAUUGCCGCAAUUGAAAACGAGGUCACUCAUAAGUGGCGCCAGCCCGUGGCCUUGUAUUUUACCAUCAUCCUUUGUUCCAUCGGGGCUGCAGUCCAAGGAUGGGAUCAGACUGGAAGUAACGGAGCCAACCUUUCCUUUCCUGAUGCGCUUGGAAUUCCCGAGAAGGAUAAUCCUAAUGCCGAGAGAAACCAGUGGCUUGUUGGUGUUGUGAAUGCAGGACCAUACAUGGCCAGCGCUGUCAUUGGUUGCUGGCUGUCGGACCCCCUCAACAAAAUCAUGGGCCGCCGAGGUGUUAUUUUCAUUUCCGCUAUUUUCUGCUUGCUGACUCCCAUCGGCUCUGCCGUCUGUCAGACCUGGCCUCAGUUGCUUGUCACCCGUCUUCUUCUUGGCCUUGGAAUGGGAUUGAAAGCGUCUACCAUCCCUGUCUUCUGUGCAGAGAAUUGCCCAGCCAUAAUCCGUGGAGGUUUGGUGAUGAGCUGGCAACUGUGGACAGCUUUCGGCAUCUUCCUCGGUACCAGCGCAAAUUUGGCUGUCAAAGAUACUGGAGACAUUUCGUGGCGCCUUCAGCUUGGCUCAGCCUUCAUUCCCGCCGUUCCUCUUCUCAUUGGCGUGUACUUCUGUCCCGAAUCGCCCCGUUGGUUUAUCAAGAAUGGUAAGAUGAGGCAGGCGUAUCAGUCUCUCUGCCGCUUGCGCAACACGAAGUUGCAGGCUGCACGCGACCUGUAUUACAUCAACGCCCAGAUCAAGAUUGAGCAAGAGAUUGCAGGCCAGGGUACUUAUAUCAAACGUUUCAUCGAACUGUUUACUAUUCCCCGGGUCCGACGUGCCACUCUUGCCUCAUUCGUGGUAAUGAUUGCGCAACAGAUGUGUGGUAUUAACAUUGUGGCGUUUUAUUCUUCCACCAUCUUUCAAGAGGCUGGUGCUAGCGUCACGGGGGCUCUCUUUGCUUCGUGGGGGUUUGGGUUGGUCAACUUCCUAUUUGCCUUCCCGGCCAUAUUCACCAUCGACACGUAUGGUCGCAGAACCUUGCUACUGUUUACCUUCCCGCAGAUGGCCUGGACUCUGUUGGCUGCCGGCUUCUGCUUCUACAUUCCGAGGGACUCUACAGCACACAUUGCCUGCAUUGCUCUGUUCGUCUUUUUGUUCGCUGCAUUCUACUCGCCCGGUGAAGGUCCCGUGCCUUACGCCUAUUCCGCAGAGGUUUUCCCUUUGUCUCAUCGCGAGGUUGGAAUGUCUUGGGCUGUUGCAGUUUGCCUCAGCUGGGCUGCAGUGCUUUCUAUUACCUUCCCUCGUAUGUUGCAUGCUAUGACGCCAACUGGAGCAUUUGGCUUCUACGCUGCAUUGAAUAUGACCGCCUUGGUCAUGAUCUUCCUUUGGGUGCCUGAGACCAAGCAGCGUACUCUCGAGGAGUUAGACUACAUCUUUGCGGUCCCAACCCGCGUUCAUAUUCACUAUCAGGUCUUCAAGGUUCUUCCCUGGUGGAUCCAGCGAUUCAUCUUCCGUCGCAAAGUCGAGCUGGAGCCCCUUUACAAGUUCGACCACAUUGCCACUCGCACCACUUAG